AAGCAGCUCGUGGCAGUUACUACCACCCACAAUAUCUACCGCAUUGAGGAGAGCCGAGCAGAUGCUGUUUCCCAAACCAGCCGUUACUGAAUGCGGCUUUUGUGUCCAAAACGGUGACGUUUAUUCGUGUGAGAAACUUGGAAUUGCAUGAAGGAGGAUAACUGAAUAUACCGAGGUACUGAGGCGAGAAGCGACUGAGCGAGAGAGACAAAAAGAAAAAGCCGCUUGUACAUUUUUAGUCAGUCAUUACAGACAGCGGGCAGUGAGCGAGGAGAGGUAGAGCCGCGCGGAGGAUGUGGGCGAGGAGACUAGACGGCGGUGCUGUUCCUGUCACAAAAUAUAAAACGCGAAUACGCUUAUAACAAGCUAAUGGGGGGAUUUUGACGUCUUUUUUCUCCCGUCCUUGCCAGUCAGCGCUGGAGUGGGCUAAAGCGGGCUGUGCCAUAGUGUCCGUUUCGAUGUGGGAGUUAAGCCUGUGUCAUGGGCUGAAACGGUCAAAUCAAGAAUUCAAGAGGGAAUAAAGAAAGCGGUCCACUGGAAACAGCAAAUCACCACCUGUUAACAGAAGAGCAACUGGUGGGACUCCAGUGGCAGAGGCUGAGGGACCUCUAGGCAGACCCAAGGCACCUUUGUCCCGGCCUGCGGAGCAGCAACCAUCCCAGUGUCCUACAGACCAAUUCUGCCUCAUGGCAUGACCUCCACACUCACUUUGGCGUGGAUCAUUCUGUGGAGAUGAUCUAGAUUUCAUCUUCUGAGAUGACUGGACCUCAAAUGAUGAAAUAUCUUGUGGAAGAAUGGUGUUGUCAAGCGUGGUGUCCAGUAGAGUUCUAGAGACUACUGAAAGGGCUUUUCCCCUCUCACAUUAGCACAUGGAUUUCAAGACUGCAAAUGAAGAGAUAAAGACGGGGAUUUAUCUGCUGCAAGAUGGUAAUGAAGAGCCCUUCAGUAUCCGACUGCACUUGGCCAAAGACAUUCUGACCAUUCAAGAGCAAGACGUCAUUUGUGUCUCUGGAGAACCAUUCUACUCAAGUGAAAGAACUGUAACAAUACGACGGCAGACAAUAGGAGGAUUUGGUUUGAGUAUAAAGGGUGGUGCAGAACACAAAAUCCCUGUUGUGAUUUCUAAAAUAUCAAAAGAACAGAAGGCUGAGCUCUCUGGUCUUCUGUUCAUAGGGGACGGGAUUCUCCAGAUUAAUGGGAUAAAUGUAAGGAGUUAUCGUCAUGAAGAAGUGGUUCAGGUUUUACGGAAUGCUGGUGAAGAAGUAACUCUGACUGUAUCUUUCCUGAAGAGGACCCCUGCCUUUUUAAAGCUGCCACUCUGUGAAGACUGCACGUGUGUACCAAGUGAUCAGAGUAGUGGAACUUCAUCUCCGCUGUGUGAUAGUGGACUACAUCUGAACUAUCACCCUAACAAUACAGACACCCUGUCGUGCUCAUCUUGGCCUACGUCACCAGGGCUGCGCUGGGAGAAGAGAUGGGUAGAUCUGCGGCUAAUACCCCUGCUCCACGCUCGCCUAUCACAGUAUGUCCCUGGCUCUGACAUCUGCAGGCAAAAUGCCUUUCAAGUGAUUGCAGUCGAUGGGGUGUGCAGUGGGAUAAUUCAGUGCCCCAGUGCUGAAGAAUGCACAGACUGGCUCCAAGCAAUAGCAUCAAACAUAUCUGCUCUAACAAAGCACAAUGUGAAAAAAAUCAAUAGAAACUUUCCUGUAAAUCAGCAGAUCAUUUACAUGGGCUGGGUGGAUGAGAAAGAGCAAGACCUGGUUCAGGACCGAAUGUACACACCAAAGUUCCUGGCUUUGAGAGGUUCAUCUCUUUUUAAAUUCUCAGCACCACCGGUAACUACUUGGGACUGGACCAGAGCUGAACAAAGCUUUACUGUCUACGAGAUCAUGUGCAAGAUUCUCAAGGAUGGGGACCUGUUGGACAAGAGGAGGCAGUGUUUCAGCCUGCAGACGGACACAGGUGAAGAUGUGGUGUUCAGUGUGGAGCUGGAGAGUGAGCUUCUGCUCUGGGAGAAGGCCUUCCAGAUGGCCACCUUCUUUGAGGUGGAGAGAAUACAGUGUAAAACAUACGCGUGUAUCAUGGAGAGUCAUCUCAUGGGACUCACCAUAGACUUCAGCAUGGGCUUUGUCUGCUUCGAUGCUGCAUCAAAGGCAGUACUGUGGCGGUACAAGUUCUCCCAGCUCAAAGGAUCCUCAGAUGACGGCAAGAGCAAAAUCAAGUUUCUCUUCCAAAACCAAGACACAAAACUUAUUGAGGCAAAGGAACUGGAAUUCUCCAAUCUUUUUGCAGUGCUCCACUGCAUCCAUGCUUUUUUCGCUGCCAAAGUGGCAUGUCUGGAUCCUAUGUUUGUGGGCAGUCAGAAUGCUGCCACGGCCAAUGCAGUUGGCACGCUGACCUCUGUUACCUCUAUGACACAGGCUUCCAAGUUAAAAUAUUCAAGUUGACAGACUCUCGCUGUCCCUCCUCUCUUGUUCCACUCCACGACAGGACAGUUUUCUGCCGACCCAACCAGAGAGGUGCCCAAGAUUGCCUGAUUCAAACAGAACCUCUAAACUCAGCCUGUGAAGAUAACUGAAGAGCCUUGAACUCUACCCUUUUGGUCAUCAUGAGAGAAUUCUAGCCUGCUUGCAUUGGUACAAUAUCAUAUUUUGAAUAUGGAUUUUUAUCAUACAGCAUAUGGGUUGCAGGAGCCUUCAGGAUGCUCAGCUGUGUCAUGGAUAUGAAACGAUUCGAACAUUGAUUAGUUCUUUCCCUUUUUAUAUUGCAUAAAUUGCAGUAUGUAUGUUUAUAUUCUAUUAAUGUUAGUAUUUUCUAACAGUGCUUUGAAUCCUUUCUUAAAUCAGAUUAAUCAGAUUGAGAGGGAUGUAUUACAUAACUGCCAUGGAGUAUUAUUGGCCCAGGUCAAGGUGUGAGGUAAUGGAUAUCAAAUAAGAUUGAAAGAUACCCUGCCCUCCACAGUUCUUGCCCCCUUGGUAAAAAUGAGGGGAAAAAAUGUUCAUCUUACAAUAUGAAAGAAACAUAACAUGAAAAUAUUCAAGUCAACAUUCCAGUCAAGACGGCCAUCAAAUUUAAGUUAUUCAUAUUUCCAAAAAAUUUUCAAAAAAGGAAAUGACACACAAGCCUCCAGCAGAACUGUUAGAUCCCCAAGACUUGUCAUCUUCAGAUCUGAAUAAAUCCACAGAUGUUGCUGGAAAUAACAUCAGACCAAAGCAAUGAUAAACUCUUUGAAACAUCUGUAACUAUCAUUCAGACAUGGUGGGGGAUCAGCACAUGUUUUGGCAUGUAUAGCAACUGGAGGUGCAGUCAUAUGAACAUGAAACACAGUUUCUAAUUCUCAUCACUGACAUUCAUAUCACAGUUCAUAUAGUCAUGUCAGAUCAUUUAUGAACAAUGGUAUCUAUCUCCUCUGGAAUUGUGGCUCACAUACUGCUAUGCUAUGUCUUGUUUCUUAAGGAAUUGUAAUUUUCCACUAUUAUGUUGUUUUCAUUCAUUAGAAUAACCAGAUUAUUCAUUAUUAUUGCUGAUUCAUCAAGCAGGGGUAAAUUUAGUGAAAUGGGACCCCCUGGAUGUACAUUUUUAAAUGAUUUGAGGCUCUGGGUUCCUGAUUUGCACAACUGUCUAUACUUCAAAAAAAUCUUGCUAUGUGUAGCAAGUGUGUAUAAGUCUAGUUAGAUAGAUCUAAUAUUUCUCAUUUUGAGAUGGAUGCAAGAAUGUGAAAAUGUAAAAAUUUUUACAUAGGAAAAUAAAUGUGAAAUCGUCCUACUAUAUUGUAAGAUAACUUUAUCUGCCAGUGUAGUGAGAUAACUGGUACAGAGUAACAUUGUAAAGAAUUAUGAGUUAAUGAAAGUGCUUUUUUCCAGGAAGUAAUGUGAUUUUGAGAGAAGUAAUUAGGAACUUGUAGCAGAUUACUAUUUUGAGUAAUUGACCAACACUGAAGCUAUCUAUAUCAUUUUAAAGCUAACAUGAUGUGCAGUCUCCUGAGGCUGUGCAGCACUCUGUUCUGACUGAAAAAGCUUUAGAGCUUUUUUUUUAGAGUGUAGCGGCAAACGUUUUGUUUUUCUUUUAGCUUUUACCUUAUGUACUUGGAUGGCUCACAUCCAAGGGCCUUCUCUCCAUUUUGUAGAUCAUUACCUAAUUGCCUUGUUCAUACCAGCCUGUCUUUAUUUAUCAUGUAACAAUAUGGAAUAGUCUAUUAUAACCCUGACUGGGGAGGGACUGUAUAGAAAUGACUGAAAAUAAUCACUACAAUAGCAGCAAUUAAAAAAAAAAA